AUGGCUCCCAAAGCAGCCAAAGACGACGACUUCGUCUUUACGCUCUCCGACGAUGAAGAUGUCCCUCGUUUCAACGAGGAGGAGGAUGAGGAAUUGAACGAGAUGGAAGCUGCGAAAGAAUCCGACAACAAGAAGCGCAAGCGCGAGGCGGAGGUUUCAAAGGACAAGAACAAGAAGUUGAAGCAGCAGAACAAGGACAAGAACAAGAAAAAGGGCAAGGCUGCGCCUACUGAGGAAUCUGAGGAGGAAGAGGAGGAGGAAGAGUUUGCCCGUAUUGGUGACGAUGAUGGCGCCUUGAAUCCCGAGUUCGAGUUCGAUGUUGGUGGCGCGACCACUAACGGCGUUACUGAAGGAUUCGAUGGUUGGGGUUUGGAGGAGCCCCGUGAGACCGUUCGUGGAGACAAGCAGGCAGUUGAUAUCGAUGAUAUUAUCUCGCGGAGAAAGGCCAAGCAAGAGGCUGCUGCUGCCAAGAAGAAGAAGAAGUUGGGCUUGCCUGAAAGUGAAGACGAGGACGCUUCCGACGAGGAAGGUGGCAUGGAGGUCGACUUCGAGGAUGACGAGCUGAUGGCUACCGAUGCCUUUGGUAUGGGUGCUGACGGCGAGGAUGAGAGUGAGGCUGAGGAUGCUGAAGGUCCUGAGGUUGGCUCUGGACCGGAGGACGAAUCUGAAGCCGAGGCAGACAGCGACGAAGAGGAGGACGACGACGAUGCGGCAUCUGAUAACGACUCCGUUGCUACCCCAGUGAACCACCCCGAUGACGACGCUGCAGAAUCUGACCGCGAAUCCGACGUGGAGAGCGAGGUGGAUGCUGAGGAAGCCGAGAAGCGCAAAGCCUUUUUCGCUCCCGAAGAGAAGACCGACAACAAGGCCCUCGAGAAGAGCACAUUCCAAGACUUCAACCUCUCUCGUCCUAUUCUCCGAGGUCUCGCCUCAGUGGGAUUCACUGACCCAACCCCCAUUCAGCGCAAGGCCAUUCCCGUGGCCCUCUUGGGUAAGGAUAUCGUCGGUAGUGCCGUCACUGGUUCCGGAAAGACUGGUGCUUUCAUUGUCCCCAUUCUUGAACGUCUCCUCUUCCGUCCUCGCAAGGUUCCUACAUCCCGUGUCGCUAUUCUCAUGCCCACUCGUGAAUUGGCGGUCCAAUGUUACAAUGUCGCCAUCAAGCUGGCUACCUUUACUGAUGUCACCUUCUGUCAACUUGUCGGUGGUUUCAGCGUUCGUGAACAAGAGAACAUCCUGAAGAAGCGACCUGAUGUUAUUAUUGCCACUCCCGGUCGUUUCAUUGAUCACAUGCGUAAUUCGCCUAGUUUCACUGUCGAUACCCUUGAAAUUCUGGUUCUUGAUGAAGCCGAUCGAAUGCUUGAGGAUGGAUUCGCUGAUGAGUUGAACGAAAUCUUGACUACAAUCCCCAAGUCCCGUCAAACCAUGCUUUUCUCUGCCACCAUGACUGACACCGUGGACAAGCUGAUUCGCGUUGGUCUGAACCGGCCCAUGCGACUUCAGGUGGACUCUAAGAAGCAGACCGCCGUCACACUGACACAAGAGUUCGUCCGACUACGCCCUGGACGCGAGGAUAAGCGUCUUGGAUACUUAUUACAUUUGUGCAAGGAGAUCUAUACUGGUCGCGUGAUCAUCUUCUUCCGACAAAAGAAGGAGGCUCACAGAGUCCGCAUUAUCUUCAGUUUGUUGGGACUGAAAGCGACUGAAUUACAUGGUGCUAUGAGCCAAGAACAGCGUAUCAAAAGUGUUGAAAGCUUCCGUGACGGCAAGGUCGCCUUCCUUCUCGCCACCGAUCUGGCCUCUCGUGGUCUGGACAUCAAGGGAGUGGAGACUGUUAUCAACUACGAAGCCCCUCAGAGCCACGAAAUCUACCUGCAUCGUGUCGGUCGUACUGCCCGUGCGGGCCGCUCCGGUCAGGCCUGUACUAUUGCCGCUGAACCCGACCGUAAGGUUGUCAAACUUGCCGUCAAGGCUGGUAAAGCGCAGGGCGCCAAGAUUGCCAGUCGUGUUGUGGAUACUGCGAUUGCAGACGAAUGGGCACAAAAGGCUGAGGAUUUAGCCGAAGAAGUGGAGGAGGUUCUGGAGGAAGAGAAGCUCGAGAAGCAGAUGUCUCAAGCCGAGAUGCAGGUUACCAAGGGUCAGAACAUGAUGAAGCAUGGAGCAGAGAUUAUGUCUCGACCCAAGCGUACCUGGUUCGAGUCGGAACAACAAAAACGGACAGCGAAGCAGAUGGGUGCGGAGGCGUUGAAUGGGCCGAAUGCUCAGUCUAAGAAGGUCAAGCUUAGCAACAAGGAUAAGAAACGAUUGGAUGAUGCGCAGAUGCGACACGAUGGAAACAUUGGGUGGAAAAAGGGCAAGACAGACCGAGAUGGGCCCAAACUACGCUUCCAAGAAAAAGCGCUUUUUCAUGUGAAGCCUGUCGGAAACGCAAGGUCAAAUGUAACGGAGCUUCUCCGUCAUGCUCACGAUGCGCGGCUCGUGGUGAAGCAUGCGUCUACAGCUUCCCCAACUCUGUCCUACACUAAACAGCUCGAAUCGAGAGUCGCCCAGCUAGAGGAUAUAUUGACGAAACUGAGGAAUCAGCAAGCCGAUGUAGAGGCGAGGAAGGUGAGCUCGCCGGCUUCGGUGGCGGAAUCGAGCUCCAGCGCAGGUCGCAAGAUCAAGGUCGAACACGACGAAACACAGGAUCUGGCGCGGGAUUUUGAUGGCUUGAAUGUGGAAAAUGACGGUCGCAUUUCCUUCCAUGGCCCGACCAGUUUGUUUCAGCUACCCAGCGGGGUGGUCAGUGAGACAACCUCAACGACACAUUUUGCUCAGGAGCUGGAAGCCCGCAAGGAGCGUCUGAUUAACAUAGGAGAUAUGAAAAUAAAUGGUCAAUACUACUCUGACGUCUUACUCAACGCUAUCCUCUCUCAUUCUGUACGAUGGUGCAAGGAGGAGCCACAAAUCGGCCCACUCCUAGACGCCUUCGAUGGCGGUGCCCAAUUUUAUCAACGGGCGCGAACUGGACUCUUUGAGACACUACAAAGUGGUUAUGCAGAGAUUCCAACCAUUCAGACCCUUCUUCUCCUCAGUGCUCAGGAAUGUGGUCGUGGAAACCGGACACAGGCGUGGCUAUACAGUGGAAUGGCAUUUCGACUAUUGGACGACCUGGGUAUCUCAAUCGACAGCCGCAAAUAUCCUGGCACAGCCCAACUGACUGACGAGGAGAUUGAAAUUCGCAAUCGACUCUUUUGGAGCUGUUACUUCUGGGAUAAGAUUGUGGCUUUGUAUUUCGGUCGGGCCCCGGCAAUGCAGCAUUCCCGGGUUAGCCCACCACGCAUGAUAUUGGAUGACACCUCCGAAAUCGAAAUCUGGACACCUCAUGGUGUGACCUUCCCUGAUGGAGCACACUACCCGCCAACGCAAGCACACUCCACUUCGUGCUUUAUGAGGAUGUGCGGCCUGGCCGAAAUCUUGAACCAGAUCCUCAUCCACAUCUACGACCCAAUGCGGCAAAGUACAGAGGCGGAAUUCUUCGAAUGUGUCCAGGAGCAGGCGAAGAACUUGAGCGAAUGGUGGGAAGAGCUUCCAGACUACUUGAAGCUGGUAGCCACGGAUCUCCCACCCUAUUGCCCACCAAGCCAUAUAAUGACCUUGAAUUGCUUGUACCAUACAAUCAAUAUCCUACUCCACCGCCCAAUACUCUGCUCUCGCGCUCUAUUACAAACACGACAAGAUGCAUACGACACCAGUCACUUAAUUCAAUGCAUGGCUUCCGCAACUUCAAUAUUAUCCCUGUUUGAUCUAUUCCGGCGAACAUUCGGCGAUAACCACGUCGUCCUCUCUCUCGCCUACAGCAUCUACACAGCUGCAUCGAUCUUCCUACUCGAGAUCCAGGCCCUAAAGUACGCUGCACCGGGUACCCUCGACAAGCUGAAGUUCUGCAUAUUUGCACUGGAAAGAGUGAAGGUUUCCAACCCCGUCAUGGCUACCGCACUGAGUCUCGUCUACCAGGAGCUUCAAAAGCUACAAAUUGACAUUCACGCCCCAACCUCGGACGCCGAAAAACGUCAACAGCAGCAACAGCAGCCACCUCCACGACCUCACUCUACCACCCACAGCCAAUCCCCAUCUGUCAGCAGUAAUCCAUCUCGGCAUGUCUCCCCGGGUCAACAAGCACACACACAUCAACAUCAGCGGCAACAAAGCAGAGCAACGAUGAGUUCACAACCUGCUACACCGGCACAAAAUACCACCACGCCAAUGAUGUCCAGCUACAAUUACCAACAGCAAAUUUCAGGCUUCGACCUAUCGCCAAUGAGCGAUAUGCCACAAAUGCCACCAACGCAUUUACUUGGCGGAAUGCCCAACGCCGUAAUGACGGUUGAUGAUCCCCGCUCCUACGAAAUCACACCGGAAGUAUUCGAGGCAUUCUCGUAUGCGCAGCCCAUCACGACGAAUAUGACAUCUCCCUUUGAAGCGAACUGGCACCAGGCGCAGUGA